AUGGAGCCCAGAGAGAGCGCGGUCCCUGGAGCUUCGGAGGUCGGGCUGCCCCAGCCGUUACCGUGUGUUGAGUCCCACAAUGAAUUUCGAAGCCAAGCCAGUCCUCUGGCGGCCGACAUGAAAUACAUGUGGGGCUCCCAGCCGCUCCCCUUGACAAGAGGGAGCUUUUGGAAGCUGUGUCUCUGUGAGUUGUGGAUACUUCUCUUGGGCGCCGGUUUGAACGCCAAAUUUUUGCCACGCAAGGAAGACGUAGACUUUAUCAAUGAGUAUGUAGAUCUCCAUAAUGAGCUCCGCGGCACAGUCGUCCCUGGAGCGGCUAACGUCCGCUUCCUGACUUAGGAUGUAGCUCUAUCACAAACUGCAAGAGCAUGGGGAAAGAAAUGUGCGCUUGAACGUAAUAGUCAUUUGGAAGAAGUACAAAUGGCCCAUUCUACAUUUGCUGUUAUUGGUGAAAAUAUGUGGGCUGGCCCUCAAAAUGAAUUUAAUGCCAGCAUUGCUAUCAGAAGUUGGUAUGAAGAAAGGAAAAAGUAUACUUUUGAAAAUGACAGUUGCUCUGAAGACUGUUCUCAUUAUAUUCAGCUCAUUUGGGACAGGUCUUAUAAAGUUGGUUGCACUGUGACUGCAUGUUCAACAGUUGGAACUAUUCAACAUGCGGCAAUUUUUAUAUGCAAUUAUGCACCAGGUGGGACUUUGACUAGAAGGCCUUAUCAUGCAGGAAUAUUUUGUAUUCAAUGUGGCACACAUGACAGAUGCACAGAUCUUCUAUGCAGUAAUGCAAAUCGUGACCAAGCCAUAUAUUACCAAUUUUGGUACCCACAUUGGGAAGUACCCUGGCUAAUUGUUUGUGAUCCUCUGUGCAUGUUUGUUUUAUUACUGAGAAAAAUAUGUUUUCUGAUAUGUAUCAUGAUUGUUUUGAUAGUACAGCCUCAUUUUCCAAGAGUCUUAUUGGAAAAACAGGCAGCAUUUACCCCUGAAGUAUCUGAAGAAAAAAAAGAAAAGAAAAAGCAGGAAGAGAAAUUGGAAAUAAAGAAAGAAAAGGUGUUGAAAGGGGAAGAGAAAAUGGAAGAGGAAAAGAAAGAGGGAAAAGAAAAAGGAGAGGAAAGUGAAAAGGAAGAGGAAGAGGAAGAAGAAGAGGAGGAAGAAGAACAAGAAGAAGAAGAAGAUGUGUCAUCAUCAUAAGCCAAAAGUAUAAUACACAAGGGGCAAAAAAGAAAAAGAAAAAAUAUACAAACCACUAUUGCGGCAAUUUGAUAAAAUAUGAUUGCCAUAGGCCAACAACUCCUUAACUGGCAGCAAUUUCCCCCCAUCCCCAGGUCAUCUGUCAAAAGCUGGAAACAUUUUCAAUUGUCAUGAGCAGGAAGGCAUUUCUGCUAUCUAGUUGGUAGUAUCAGAGGCUUCCACUUGGUCUUCCUCCACAGCAGCCAAGGACCCAACAUGGAAAUUACUCACAAGUGUCUUAAUCACAAUUGCAUGUUCAGGACCAGAGAAAUGGCCAUGCAGUGUGUCAGCAGACCAG